AUGUCAAGCAAACCUAAUUCAAAGGGCUCCAAGCAUCCGUCGACCAGUACCAGAGACUCCACUCGGCAUGUGAGUAGCUCCAGCCAGAGGUUAAGUCGUCGGAGCAAAAGUAACCGAGUCAAGUCACAAUCGGACGGUACUCAUACCGGUACCAGGGUAAGGGGAAGUUAAGGUUUUUGAUUUAAAAGGACAAGUUAUACGCUGGCUUAUCGACCUUUCUCGAUUUUUGGGUAAUUAUAAGGAAAGUUAUUGCCAUUUCAUAGUUUACCUUUUCCAGAGCAUGUCCAGGUUGCGCCUUCAGAAGACUAGUUAUCUGCUCCAAGUUUAUAAGUCCUCGACAUAUGAGGACUUGGCCAUUCAGUGUGAGAACAUCAUAGACGACGCUCACGAGCACAUAGAACGACUGUUUCUUGUCACAUCGCUACGAAACUUUUCGGUCGAUAACGAUGAAAAGAUCAGUCUGGACUACGCCGACUUCUCCAACUGCUCCAGUAGAGAAAUGACUCCGUAAGGCUGAUCUUGUGUUAUGUUCAGGCUUCGGAAAUAUAGUUUUCAGCUAUUAUUUUUUAUUUAAAGGUACGAGGGUUUAGGAUAAUAUAAAUACAAUACUGUGUUUCUAAAUGUCAUUUUAGUCCGACAUCUCCAAAAACUCACCAACAAACCCGAACACCCUUCUCAACCCCCACACCGUCAAUUAGAGAAGGUCCUCACACCCCAACAUCAGACUUCGAAACUCUGAAACACGAUGGUAAUAUCACUACACCGCCUAACACUCCCAACUUUGACCUGUUUCUGGCUGAACUGCGUAAGGAAUGCGAGUCCAGUCCAGUGCAUCGAGAACGUUCGGCCAAGGCGGCUGCUAUGUGUCUGCUUAAAGGGCUUGGACUGUUUGGACAAAAGAUACCACAUCGAAGUCCAGCUCAAAGUCUGAGGCUUAAACGAGCACUUAGGGUAAGGGUUUAGUGUUAGAAUGAGACCUGUAGAGGGGCUGGGCCUAGUGGGUUCUCUUUUAGGUCUAGUUAGGAAUGUUUUGGCCUUUCUAGGAAGUUUUUGACCGGAAUUUGUAAUUUUUUGCAAAAAUUCGAUUUUUUAAAAAAUAGAUAUAAAAUACGAAAUUUUAAGGAAAAAAUACUGGAAGAGAACCACUCGACCGAACAGAUAGUACCACUGAAAAGGGAAAGCCUGGUCUCAUUUCCAAAAGCUUACAGAGUCCAACAAGGAAUGUCAGUGACCAAAUGUGACACUUCAAAGGAACGGUCGAAGGUCAAGUCUAACGGUAAAUUUAGUUUAAGAUUUGAAUAUCAAAUUAAAAAUAAAAUAUUUAAAAAUACUGUAUUUUAGCCACCUUGUCCGUCACAGAACUAGAAGAUGGUAUGCAGAUUUCAUUGAAGUUGACUUUAAACGUUGGAGAAUACUGUAAGUUUUUUAAUUCAAAAUUUUAAAAACUUUUAGCGACCAAACCAGUCCAUCUUGUGUUCAAAUGCAGCGGCGCGGAUAAUCGACCGGUCGAUCUGACCCUGAAUGGAGUCAGUGGAUGGAACGAUAAACAAGGACCACUCGCGAGCAAGGAUAACUGA